GAUGAGUGUGUUUGUAAGUAGAUUUCAUUCAAAGUUGAUAUUUUUCCUCUCUUAACCCUAGAAAAAAAUAAAGUUGAAUGACAGUAGGGGUUGCAAAUAACAAUGGACAAAGUUCAAUACCCUUCAAACUUUUAACCAACUCUCGCCGAUGGCGUACAAAUCGGUGUUCGACGUUUCCGCCAUUAAAUCCGAUUUCGAGGUAGCCGGUUUAAACCCUAAUUUCAUUCCCCAAAUCUGGAAACACGUCUUGAAAAAUCCUAAUUGCCGAUGGGAUGAAAUCCCUUCUCUGCCCUCCGCGGCUUACCAUCUCCUCGAUUCCAAGUUCAGACCCUCCACUUCCACUCUCCAUUCCGCCAUAGAUUCUUCCGACCAGGUCACCACUAAGCUCCUCAUCAAAUUGCAGAAUGGAGAAUUUGUGGAGGCUGUGAUAAUGAGAUAUGAUACUCGAUUGGGUAAAUAUGAUGGGAAACCUCGUCUUGGUGGUCCUAGGUCAACCUUGUGCGUAUCCUCCCAGGUUGGGUGCAAGAUGGGUUGCAAUUUUUGCGCAACAGGAAGCAUGGGAUUUAAGAAGAAUCUGUCAUCUGGAGAAAUUUUGGAACAGUUAGUCCAUGCGUCUCGUAUAUCAGCCAUCCGCAAUGUUGUCUUUAUGGGAAUGGGAGAACCUCUAAAUAACUACACUGCGGUGGUGGAUGCUAUCAGAGCCAUGACAGCUCUUCCUUUCCAGCUGUCUCCCAAGAAAAUUACCCUCUCAACGGUUGGCAUAAUACAUGCUAUUAACAAGCUGCAGAGAGACAUACCAAACUUGAAUCUAGCAGUAUCGCUGCAUGCACCAGUACAAGAAAUCCGCUGUCAGAUAAUGCCUGCUGCAAGGGCUUUUCCUCUGGAAAGACUAAUGAAUGCAUUACGGGAAUAUCAAACUAGCAGUCAGCAAAAGAUAUUGAUCGAGUACAUAAUGCUUGAUGCUGUGAAUGAUGAGGAGCAGCACGCUCACCAGCUUGGCAAAUUGCUUGAGACGUUGCAAUCGGUUGUAAACUUGAUUCCUUUUAAUCCCAUUGGUUCUCUAAGUUGUUAUAGUACCAGUGAUGAUCAGAAAGUCAUUAAAUUUCAGAAAAUACUUAGAGGCACUUACAACAUCCGUACAACAAUUCGUAAGCAAAUGGGCCAAGACAUAAGUGGCGCAUGCGGUCAGCUUGUAAUCAAACUGCCAGAUAAGAAGACCUCUUGUAGUUCAGAUAUCUUGACAGACAUUGAAGAUCUUCGUAUUUGAUUUUCCAGGACUGCUUGAUGCUGAUAUGGAUUACUUGACUAGUGAAUUCGGUUGCUGCAUCAAGAAUUUGCAAUACGCAACGCGAUCUGGGUGCUAUCGAGCUGUGGAGUAAAGCCAGUGUCAGGGCCGGACUCCAUGAGGCCAUUGAGGCGGUCGCCUUAGGUUCUUUGGAAUAUUGUAGUAUCAUGCAUUAGUGUGUUUUCUCAUUAAUGCAUUUAAGCACUUUUGAAUUUAUAUACACAUUUUUGUAUUCAACUUCAUACAUUUUUGUAUAUAACAUUAUUCAUGAUCUAUGUACUACCUUAAGCUAAGAGAUUUGUAUGAUCUCUUUUUUUUAUAUAUGUAUAUAGUAUUGGAAAUAUUUGCAUGUAAA